GUAUUUAGAAGAACAUAAGAAUCUGUACAAGGACGUCAUGAUGGAGAAUCACCAGUCGCUCACAUCACUGGAUGGAUCCAGUCAGAGAAAUCCACUAGAGAGAUGUCCCAAUUCUCUAUAUUCCCAGGACUGUCCAGAGGAAACGCAGAAUGUCCCACUGGAUCAUCAGGAAAGUUCUGAUGGAACGAGUGGAAUCGAAAAAACCCUUUCAGUGUCCGUGAAUGGUGAAGAGGAGAUGGAUGGCCCCCUUGAACAUCUCUUUUUAUCUCCCUUUCAUGAAGCAGACAAUAGCAAUACCACACAAGACAAUUCAAUAACUCCUAAUGUACCCUCAGUCCUUUACAGUGGAGAUCUAUUCACCGAUACUGCAGGUCACAAGAAACCUUCAGCUAAUCAACCACUGGUUGACAAACCAAGAACUGGACAAAGACAGGAGAAAAUGUUUUCAUUUAGAAAACCUCUGAAAAAGAAUUCUAAUCUUUCUUUGCAUGAGAGAAUUCAUGGAGAUGAAAAGUCAUUUUCAUGUCUGGGAUGUGGAAAAUGCUUUCAGUAUAAAGCUUCUCUUGAGAGACAUCAAAGAACUCACUCGGUAGAGAAGCCAUUUUCAUGUGAUCAAUGUGGGAAGUAUUUUGGUCAAAAAUCAAAUCUUACUGAGCAUCUAAGAAUUCACACAGGAGAGAAGCCAUAUUCAUGUUCGGAAUGUGGAAAAUGUUUUGCCCAGAAAUCAGCUUUUGUUCAUCAUCUGGGAAAUCACACAGGGGAGAAUCCAUUUUCAUGUCUUGAAUGUGGGAAAUGUUUUAGCAAGAAAUCAGUUCUUGUAAAACAUCAGAAAUCUCACAGCGGGGUGAAGCCAUUUUCAUGUCCCGAAUGUGGGACAUGUUUUAGUCAAAAAUCAAACCUUGUGGAACAUAUAAGACUUCACACAGGAGAGAAGCCAUUUUCAUGUUCAGAAUGUGGGAAAUGCUUUAGUAAGAAAUCAAGCCUUAUGGAACAUUUAAGAAGCCACACAGGGGAAAAGCCAUUUUCAUGUUCUGAAUGUGAAAAGUGUUUUAGCCAGAAAUCAAAUCUUGUGAAGCAUCUAAGGGUUCACACAGGAGAGAAGCCAUUUUCGUGCUCAGAAUGUGGAAAAUGUUUUAGACAAAAAUCUGCCCUUGAAAAACAUCAGAAAACUCACUCAGGGGCAGAACCGUUUCUAUGUCCUCAAUGUGGGGAGGAAUUUAGUCAGAAAUCAAGUCUUGUGGAACAUCUAAGAAGUCACAGAGAGGAGUUGCCGUUAUCAUGUUCAGAAUGUGGGAAAAAUUUUAGCAGGUAUUCAAAUCUUAUGGUGCAUCUAAGAACUCAUACAGGAGAGAAGCCAUUUUCAUGUUCAGAAUGUGGGAAAUGUUUCAGCCACAAAUCAAGUCUUAUAAAGCAUCUAAGAACUCACACAGACAGAAAGCCAAGUACAUGUCCAGAAUGUGGGAAAUGUUUCACCCGCAAGUCAAGUUUUAUUCACCAUCUGAAUGCACACACUGAGAAGAAGCCAUUUUCAUGUUCAGUCUGUGGAAAAUGUUGUAGUAAGAAAUCAAAUCUUGUGGAACAUCUUAGGAUACACACAGGCGAGAAGCCAUUUUCAUGUUCAGAAUGUGGAAAGUGUUUUAGCUGGAAAUCGGGUUUUCUUAAACAUCAGAGAACUCACAGAGGAGAGGAGCCAUUGUACAAAAUGUGACAGGACUGGAGCAUCAUUGUCAGACCUGCUGCCUAAGGCUUCACUCACAUCUUGGCAGCAGAUUUGGCAGGCUGUUCCAGCAGAGAGCAGUUACAGUUCUCUGCCGGAUCCCCAUUGACUGUAAUGAGGUCUGGAGGUGAUCUCACCACUUUCCGGCAUAAAUGCCAGGUCUUGGCUGGACAAAAAAUAUUGCAUGGAUUUGCAAUCUGUUAUUUUCUCUCUUUUGGAUAAGUUAUACUAUAUUAUUUAAUAUAUAGCAAUCUGCUCAGCUCCAUGCUGUCUGUGGAUUACAGAACACUGCAUGUUCAGUUGGUUGGCAGAGUGGUUCCAAAAUUAUUGCUCAUAACAUGUCACA